CUAGAACCCCGUUGGAUACUGUAAGUUGACCAAACCCCUAGAGUUGUGAUACCCGCGCUUACAAGACAUAUUCUAAGAAUAUGGGAAACCAUUGCUCCAGCUACCCACCAAUAAUCUGCAGCUCGUCUCCGAAUAGCAUCUUCCAGAGAGUCAAUUCUGACUGCCCCGGAGUGGGUUCGGUGAACGAUGAUAUGAUAUGGUGGAACGAGGGCAGCGAGAGAGCAUCUGUGAAGCCCUCCCAAGCUGGAAGGAAGGAAGGAAACGAUGAGUACAUGGCAAGGCGUGAUUAUCAGGGCUGCGGUCAGGGGACGCCGGGUUAUGGAGAAGCAUCGGCCCGCAGAGAUCUAUGCCGGUAUGAGAUACAAGUCGAGGAAUCCUGAUUUUUGAAGGCUCCUAGACACAAAGGAGAACCUAUGUCCAUAGCAACCUGCUCUCACAGCCAUGAGUGGAUAUAAAAGUACAAAUACUUCUUGUUUACAUUCAUCAAGACGUGAAGCCUGCGAAUACCCUCUAUCGAAGCGAAAACUUCUAUCUCAG